ACGCCUCUCUUCAAAAACACAGCCACACUUCACUUAAAGCUCUCUGCCUCCACUGAGCUGUUCAGUUCAUGAUGCUUUCACCUGGAGGAUUACAAGAUGGAUUUCUUGACUUGUGGAGAGAAGGACCCACUGUAUGCCAAAUACAGCACUUUUCCAGGAUGGCAUUCUUCACACAUAUAUCAGCACAAACCUUCUACAAGCACUUGCCUGCAACACCUGUCGGAGAACACUGACUCAACUGGUGAGCCAAAAACCUGGGUGGCAUCAGGUACCAGAACUACCCGGGAUAUUUAUGACUUUAACAAGCAGACUGAAAUAGCAUCAAUCGCAAAUUUUCAUUCACACACCAAGUUAUCUCACAGAGAAUUAACCGACUACACUGGUGAAGUGAGAAAUCCUGUACCAAUAGAAAAACAGAGAUCAGAUAAGGGGAGGUAUGCAGAAAGAGACUCGUAUGCACAGCACAGAGGGUGGGAAAACACAUGGCCAAUAAACUACAGAGAAAUAAGAGAAAACUUUGGAACAAACAGUCAUAAUGAGAUGCAAGCCUAUGCUGACUGCUAUCAUCAUACGCUUUCCAAAAAACCACCUCGCUUUGAGGUUGGGGAGUGGAGGUCAUCUAGGUGUGCUUCAGACACGGAGAAGGUGUUGGGAUAUGGCCAGUGGACUGUUAGUCCAGACACCACUGAACAAUUCCAGCCAACUGCUUUAAUGUCACAGAAAAAAGACAAAACUAAGCUCAUUGGGGAACAUCGGUGGAAAAGGAGCCCUUGGAAUUCGAGAAAUACAGAGAGUGUUUUCCCAGUAGGAUCUUUCAGACAGCCUCCAUCCUACAUGGCGCCACCAGCAUACAGCUCCCCGAAGAAUGGUGACAAGAUAGCAGCAAUACCAAAAGUUACUGCAGAGGCAAGUGUGGAAGCAUUUAAGGAGCAGACAUUUGAGAGCAGAAAAGUACCCUUUACAAAUUUGACAGAAACACAUUGUGAUCCUUCAUCAAACAAUGGACAUUAUUUACAAAAAAAUAACCAGAAACAGAUCACAGAGAGUUAUCGCAGUGUUAUCACGGGUGGACAACACUGUCUAGGAGCCGUAAAUGCAUCCACUGUCAUACAGUACACAACAAUAAACACAAAACCCCCUUCAACUCAAGCACAGCUUCAGUACCGAGAGUCUCCACACAUGACCCAUCCUGAUAUUACUCGGACGAAGCAGACCAAACUCACAAGAAGAAAAGGUGGCGAGACUGUGUUUUGUCUAGUCUCUCGAAUGGGAGAGGUGUCAGGCUUGUCAAGUUCUCCUGAGGAGCCACUUAAAUCCCACGUGUUACCUCUGUUAACUGAUUGCAAACCGGAUUACAAGGCAAUCACCACUGAGCAGACAAAUUCACCUCAGCACAAUGAUGGCAGCAGACAAAAUCAGGAUGCGUGCUUGAAGAAAGACAAAGCUGUUGGGCAGCUCGACGGAUCCUUAAUGUUUGAAGAGUAUGGGCACACACCCCUAGAUCAAAGAUCCAGUUCUAUCCAGGAUCUGGGUAAUGCAACAGAACCAGAUGAAAAUAAAGAAGAGUUGCAAUGUUAUGUCCAAGGGAAUGACUCAGAGUCAAACUGUUUAGCCCAGAAGUCACCAAUGCAGACAGAAGGACAUGAGAAACCAUGCAGGGAAAUCAUAGAGAAAUUCCCAUUGUGGAAAGAGCCAAAAUAUCAGCAUCACUCGACAGGGAUGACAGAGCAAAGAAGCCAGGGGAUAAACGAUGAGCCUGAAGUUAGCAACAACUCAACAAACGACCAACAGCAGAGUCUUGUGAUCAUUGACGCAACCUGUGUUGUUGUCAAGGUUGAGCUUGUACUUCUUCCAGAGAAGGAGCAUGUCCAGUAUGUGUGUUUGACAGAGGAGAGUCCUUCGCCAAGUACUAGAGAGGAGACCGAGGUGCAGAAGCAGCACAGCAGUGUCGUCUCAAGCCAGGAGACUCCUGAAAACAAUACUUUGGACGAGAGAGUAGAAAGGAUUCUUGGAAUACCACAUGAGCAUCCCAGGACAAGCAUACAGACACACGAGAGCAUUUCAGAAGAACAUGACAGCUCCUGUGAGAGUCACAUAGUGGAUCCAGUAAAAGAGUUUGAGGAAUCUCCAUCCGCAGCUGCAACUGUUGAUGACUGGCAAGCGCAGGAAAAUAAACUGAUGGUGGGACAUUCCUGGAGUGGGACAACACUGGAGAAUAAUGAAGGCGUAGAAGAAAUGCUCAACAUAAUGGAAGUGGAAGAGCAAACCACUGCACAAGGACCCGAAGCUGUGCUCGAAGACUUUGUGGCUUUCACAAAUGCAAAAUCCACAUCUGAAAUCACCAUACAUAUGAAUCAGUCCACAGAACAAGGACAUAGACCUGCAUUGGACGACAGUGUGGUUGAGCACAGUACACAGAAAGAUAAUGAGAACCAUCAAACAGAUACUAGUAAGGACCUUACUGAGGAUAGUUCAACAGAAGACAACCUCUCAGAUGAUAAGCGAGUACUUGCUUCAGAUUUCUUUACACCUGUCCUUAGGAAAAGUGCAGAAAAUUGCAUCAAAGUUGUUUUACCUUCACCUGUGGGUUCCAGGACUCUCAGAAGGUCAAGCUCUUCACCUCAUUUGUCAUUUACCUCUGCUUCCAACACCUUGGAUGUAUCAAAUGUAUCAGCUUCUCCUGUGGUUUCUCACACAGAGAAUGAGCCACUGUUGCUUCCAUCUUUUACUAACACAGAAACCACCCAGUGCUCCGGUUCUCCCAGUGUUCAGUCAAGCUGUACAUCCUCACUCCCCGCUCCUUCUUCUACUCCAGUUCCAGAAGCUUUUGAAAAUUCAUCUCUCCCACAGACAAGAAAUGUUCCUUCUGAUGUUUUACUCUGUACUUCAUUGCCCUGUGAACAAAAAAUACAACAUGCCAAGUCUCUGUGGGAUGCGGUAAGUCGUAUACGCAAACACACUGCUCCUAACUCCGAGACAGAGGACGAGGAGACGGUUGAGUUUGGGGAACAAACUGAAAGUGCAGACACUGACUUGAGACUGAACGCAGAAGGAGGAAAAUUGGAGGAUAAUACUUUAGAGAACUGAACAAAAACCAAAUUAUGUUUCUUUUCCCGUGCCAGAAAAACACUGUGUGUAUACUAGGGGUGCAACGGUUCUCGGUAAAAAAAUCGAACCGUACCGUUCUCCAC